AUGGCGACUCCCACACCCGUCGCCAUUGUUGGAAUGGCUUGCCGGCUCCCAGGCAACGUCAAGUCCCCUUCCGAGCUCUGGGACUUGCUGGAAGCGGGCGAGAUUGCCCAGUCGGAAAUCCCUCAACGUCGAAUGAACAUUCACAGCUGGUACCAUGAGAAUGGCCAGCGACCGGGCAGUGUCAACGCCAAUGGUGGCUACUUCCUGGACUCUGGUGACAGCUAUCGACACUUCGAUCCUCACUUCUUUGGCAUCAGCGCCGCGGAAGCGUGCACGAUGGAUCCGCAGCAACGAAAGCUGUGUGAAACUGUUUAUGAGUGCUUCGAAUCCGCAGGCAUUACACUGGAACAGCUGUCUGGUUCCGAAACUUCGUGUUUCAUAGGGAACUUCACCAUGGACUUCGCCUACGAUGCAUGGAAAGAUAUCGAAUAUGUCCGGCCACACCAGACCACUGGCACGGGAGCGACGAUUUUGAGCAACCGGAUCAGCCAUAUUUUCAACCUCAAAGGACCCAGCUUUACAAUUGACACCGCCUGCUCGAGUACCAUGUAUGCAUUGCAUUACGCUUGUGCUUCACUUCGAAGUGGGGACUGCUCUGCUGCCGUAGUCGGGGGCACCAACCUCGUUCUCGGCCUCGAGCAGCACAUUGGCAGCGUUGCACUUGGCGCCCUCUCUCCCACCUCAGCCUGUCACACAUUUGAUGCUUCGGCGGACGGCUACGGCAGAGCGGAUGCUGUCGGGGCGCUUCUGCUCAAACGCCUUCCCGAUGCGAUUGCUGAUGGCGAUCCGAUCCGUGCCGUCAUCAGAGGCACCGCCGUGAAUGCAAAUGGGAGAAGCUCCGGCAUCAGCCAUCCAAGCACCUAUCAGCAAGAAGCUGUCAUUCGUCGUGCGUAUGCAAAUGCAAAGCUGCCUCUUGAUGUCACAGGAUAUUUCGAAUGUCACGGAACCGGCACGCCGGUCGGCGAUCCGAUUGAAGUUGAUGCCAUUGGGCGGGUUUUCGCUUCAUGCCAUAGCAGUGACGAUCCCCUAUGCAUUGGCAGCGUCAAAACCAACAUAGGGCAUGGCGAGGCUGCGAGCGCGGUGGCGAGUAUCAUCAAGUCAGUCCUGGUGCUUGAACGGGGUCUCAUUCCCGCUUCUGUCGGCAUAAAAACAUUCAAUCCCCUUUUGAACUUUCACGAGGGAGCCUUGGCGGUCUGCCAGACCAUCACUCCAUGGAACGUCACAGGCCGAGAAUAUCGUCGGACAAGCAUCAAUUCAUUUGGAUACGGGGGAGCGAAUGCCCACGCCGUUAUCGACAGCAUCCAAUCCUUCCUCGAAUCUCUCCCCUUGGAGAGUUUUGGCUUUUCGCUGAAUGGCCCAGGCGCAUACGUCCACACAGCAGUGUCGCAGGCGUACUUGCUUCCAAUGACGGCACACAGACCGGACGUUCUCCAGCAAAUGAUUGACUCGAUUGGCAUGAACGAAAGCCUUGCAUCAAUAAUAGCCGACUUGGCUUUUACGUUGUCUGCACGACGCUCACAAUUUGCCAGCAAGGCGUUCCUGGUAACUCGUUCGGACCACGCUGGCACGCGAGUGGAUCUCAAUUCGGCUCAAUUGGCAACUCACACGGGUGCAGCUCCCACGAUUGCAUUUGCAUUUACCGGCCAGGGAGCACAAUGGAGCCAGAUGGGUGUCGAGCUGGCCGAACGAUUCCCUGUUGUACGUUCGACCUUCGAGAAUCUCGACAGAGCCUUGGCUGCAUCGCAAAUUCCGCCGGAAUGGACUAUCCUGGGCAGUCUACGUCAGUCUGAGAGUCGCAGCAGGAUAGGGGAGGCGGAAAGGUCGCAAACUCUAUGCACUGCGCUGCAGAUUGCACUCGUGGAUCUCCUGAGGUCGUGGGGAGUCCGACCUGCGGGAGUGGUGGGACAUUCGUCCGGUGAAAUCGCCGCUUCCUACGCUGCAGGACUGACAACAGCGGAACAGGCAAUAUUAAUCGCGUACUACCGCGGCAUUUCGGUGCAGACAUUACACGAGCCAGGCGCUAUGCUGGCAGCCGGAUUGUCUCUGGAGGAUGCCGAAGAAAUCCUAGCGGGACGAGAGGAAACAGAUGUCGUCGUUGCCUGUCACAAUAGCCCGCAAAGCGUUACUCUGAGUGGAACGAUCGAAGCGAUCAACGAUCUCGCUGGGAAAUUGGCGGCCAACGGUACCUUUGCUCGGAAGCUCAAAACAGCAAACAAUGCCUAUCACUCGCCAAUGAUGUCUGCAGCCGGGCGCUCCUAUACGAAGCUGCUCCAGAACUCUUCUCGCCGACGAUGGACUGGGUCAGGAACUUCCGAUUCUGGCUACUCCUCUGCAGGUGGCUACUCCCCAUCAGGUACCGACUCGCAGACUGUAAUGUUGUCCUCAGUAACCAACGAACCCCUAACUGACUCCAUUGAGCCUGGGUACUGGGUCCAGAACUUGCUCUCGAGAGUCAGGUUUGCAGAGGCUCUCACUUCAUUGCUAGACACGCUGCCUACCGUGAACCACGUUUUGGAGAUCGGACCACACAACGCGCUCGCCUCGCCAAUCAGAGAAACGAUGGCGCAACGAUCGGAAUCGAUCACCUAUCUGCCUACACUAGUACGAGGGUCGGACAGUGUCAAAGACAUGUUAGAGUUGGGCGGCAAAUUAUACCUGAAAAACUGCCCCCUGGACCUGACUGCGGUCAAUGGCUUCCAACGCAAGUCAGAGGCACGUCACGAUACGCAGCUCACAAUCCGAGAUUGCAGGCCUGUGACAAGCCUGCAGCCGUAUCCGUGGGCUUACACCGACCAAGAACAGCUGUGGUCAGAGUCCCGACUCUGCACUGACCUCAAGUUCCGACCGCUCGCAAGGCACGAUCUAUUAGGCAGCAAACUGCCCGGCACACCCCCUACCAGUCCUUGCUGGAGGAACGUUUUGCGAGUCAAAGACGUCCCUUGGCUAGCAGAGCAUCGUGUAGCGGGCGAAAUCCUUUUUCCCGCGGCCGGAUUCGUGGCCGUGGCGGUUGAAGCGGCCUCUCAGGUACUGGUCCCAGCUGACAAAGGCCGGUCAGACAUUGUGCUUGACCAAUUACUUAUCCACUCUGCCCUCCGGCUUCGAGAGAAGGAAGAAGUGGAACUCAUCACCAAUGCAUCGCUGCUGGACUCGGAGCUGCAUAUCAGUAUCAGAAGUGUUGUCCGCGGUGUCUGGACUGAGCACGUCAAUGCGGUGGCUCGAUGCAAUACACCGGCUAUGAGCAUGACCCCCUCAUUCACAGAGCAGCACCGAGGAGGCCGAUGGGGAAUCAACGCAGACAGCCACUGCCAAAUGUGGUCCGAAGCAAUGCGCCGCUUGGGCAUGGAUUACGGGCCCUCGUUCACGAUUCUUUCCGACAUAAGCGCUCGAUCGAAGACUUCGGAAGCUUUCGCAACAGUUGCGCUUCAAGCGACGGAUGAAGUCAUGGUUGGAGAGUCCAGCUAUCCAAUCCAUCCCACCGCCAUCGACGGUGCCUUCCAGCUGAUUGUCAUGGGGCUUUAUGAAGCGCUUCCGCACGCAUUCACCAAGGCGUACAUCCCUACCGCGAUCAAGAACUUCCAGGUGCAGUCCGGGCAGGUCUACCCGCCCAGGAAGUCAGCCUUGGUCCAUGUCAAGACCACAAGAAUCGGCCAGAGGCGGAUUCUCGGCCGUGUGGAUAUCGCAGACGACCAACAGCAAGUAUUUCUGCAGAUGGACGUGGAGCUCACAGCAUUAGACGCAGACAUGAGCGGUUCAGAGAACUCCGCCACGGAAAGCCCUUACAACCGAGUCAUCUGGCGGCCUGAUUUCGAGCAUCUGACGACCACUCAACUGCACAGAAUCCUGCCAUACCAUCAGGACCAGCGAACCGUCAAAUGGCACUUCGAACGACUAGAAGAGACGUGCAUUUUGAUCCUCCUCAACGACUACUCCCGAGUCCCGACGGAUUCACGUCUCUCGACCCUCCCUACGCACAUGCAACGGUAUGUCUCCUGGGUCCACUCACAAGGACUGAUACUCUCUCAAAGCCAUCCCCAUAGAGGACUCACCAGCGAAGCGCGAGAGCGCCGCAUUUCCGAAAUCGUCGAAGAAAUGGAUCACGCAAUCCCCGAGCUGGACCUCAUUGUUCGCCUGCACAAUAACAUUCUCGACAUUGUGUACGGACGCGUUGGGGCUCUCGAUGUCAUGGUCCAAGACGGCCUUCUCUCAUCAGUAUACGAGAUCGGGUUCUCCGGCCUGGGAGCAUACGACAAGCUCGGAGGUGUCCUGGCCCUUCUCAGCCACAAGGAUCCUCGAAUGCGAAUUUUGGAAGUCGGAGCGGGAUCAGGAGGAGCGACGAAGCCUGCUUUGGAUGCACUGAUGGGAGACUCGUCGUUUCCGAAGUACUCGGAAUACGUGUUCACCGACGUUUCCACGGCCUUCCUCUCGCGUGCCCAGGAGAAGUUCCAGAAUUAUAAAAAGCUGUCCUUUAGCAUUCUGGAUAUCGAGAAAGACGAGCACGGGUUUGAGGAGCACUCUUUCGACUUGCUCAUAGCCUCGAAUGUCAUUCAUGCUACGGCUUCCAUCGUCGAGACCUUGUCGAAGUGCAGACGCUUGCUCCGUCCCGGUGGCCGCAUCAUACUAAUCGAGACCACUCAGAUCAGGCUCGUUACCGGACUUCUGGUGGGCCAGCUGCCGGGAUACUGGCUAGGUGUCGACGACGGGAGACGUGACGGACCAUUCAUCUCCGACGGAGAGUGGCACAAACGCCUCGGAAGUGCUGGAUUCUCUGGUGCAGAUCAUGUUCUCUUCGACUACGAGCCGCCUUUCAACUCCACAUCGGUUAUUAUAUCGCACACGUUGGACGAUUCCAAUCGCCUGGGACGUGUGGACAGUCCUAUGGGGUCGAUGCGCAAUGAACGACCUCAUACAAUAACAUCGCGGCUCCAGGAGCUCUAUCAUUUGCAAGGCAUCGACACUCGCAAACUGCUCCUGAGCGAAGUAUCGGAGGAGACUGCACUGUCCACCCGCGCGAUCAUUCUUAUCGAGCUGGAGAGAGCAGCCCUGUGCGAAAUGGCUCCGACGGUCCUCGCGGGACUCCAACAACUCAUCCGCGUCUGCACCAGCGCAGUAUGGGUGACGAACGCCGGCACGUUACGCGGCGAGGUCCCUGAUAAGUGUCUUGUUACCGGCCUUGUCAAGUCCAUGACCAUUGAAGAACCAUCUUUCCGCGUGGCGACCAUAGAUCUCGAUCCUGUCACACUGGAGUCAAUGGCAACCCAAGCCGCACAACACAUCCACGACCUGGAGCUCAAGUUCUCUGCGGACCCUGAUACGGAGGGAGAUUACAAUUUCGUCGAGCAAAGCGGCGUGCUCCACAUCAGCCGCAAUAUCAUCGACGACAAGGAAAAUGUCGACUUCCGACGCCUCUCCAAACCGGAAUUGCAGCUCGGGCCUUGCACAUCGGACAGGAAAGCCAUAUUUGGCCGCGCGGGCGACUUGAAGACGAUAUACUGGGACUGGGUCGCGCCACAACCGCUGGGGAAAGAUGAGGUUCUGGUCGAGGCUCGGUCCUUCGGGCUCGACGAAUCCGUUCUCGCAAUGCUUUGUGACGAAAAGGGUUGCCGGAAGCAUAGCGUCGAGGUGUCUGGUCGGAUUGUCGCCGUGGGAUCCGCGGUCCAGAAGCUCGUACGGGGGGACGAUGUGGUGUGUUUCGGACCGCCAUGGCUACAGACAACGUUUGCAGUGCAUCACAGUUGCUGUCUCGCACUGAAAGACAUCGAGGCGCCUGUUGAUCACUCGCCUCCGCAGAAGAAGUGGUGGGCGACAUGGUGGAGGCGAUCUGCACCACACGUACCAAGAUCUCCGGGGACCGCAGAUGCAUUCCGGGGACAGCUCAAACAACUUUGUCUGGCAUGGCAUGUUUGUCAUGGACUUGACAUACAUACUGCUGAGAGAAGGGUUUUGAUUUCCCUUCCAGGCGACACUCUGGGUCAUUCUCUGGCGCAGAUUCUGCGACUCGCUGGAGCAUUCGUCACAGUCAUCCAUGGGACGGGGAGAGAGCACUACGAACUGCACAACAUACCGGAUCUCACGGUCUGUGCCGAGGACGAUUUGAGCGAGCGUGUCUUUGACAUGGUUGUGUGUUGGUCACAUUGCGAAUCAAAGGUACAUGAACUUGUACGAUCCGGAGGCGACUUGGUUCUGUUGGGCACACCCUCCUGUGAGGCUGCCAAUCGGCCAUUGUGUGACAUGAUGGGCCAAGGUGUAGCGGUACGGUGGAUCGACCUGGGCGGUGCCUGGGAGAGGGAUCCCGUGUCGAUUACCAAGUUGCCACUACAUGUCCAAGACUUCCCGCUUGGCGAGAUCCAUGCUGCCGCACAAGCACUCCCUUCGAAGGACAGCUAUGGCCCUGUCAGCUUGGUUGUAGCGGCUGACAGUCCCGUCAUGGUUCGACGGCAGCCAAAGCCACUCCAAUUCAAUGCAGAAGCGGCUUACUUACUGGUUGGGUGUCUUGGUGGUCUUGGACGUGUGAUUACCAUGUGGAUGAUCUCUCGAGGCGCGCGAAAUCUGAUCUUCCUCUCCCGCAGUGGCACCAAGGGCUCCAAGGCAGCAUCACUGGUCAAAGAACUCCACGAUUUGGCUCGCUAUGACUACCCCGACUUGCAGGUGCAGGUCAUUCGAGGCGACGUGUCUUCCGCAAACGAUGUUGCGAAGGCUGUCAGGAGUGCCACGGCUCCGAUACGCGGCAUCAUACACGCGGCGAUGGUGCUCAAGGAAAGUCUCUUCGCCAACAUGACCGUCGACGUGUGGGAUCAAGUCGUCCGUCCCAAAGUGCAAGGGGCAAGAAACUUGCAUGAGCUUACGCUAGGCAUGGAUCUGGACUUCUUCGUGCUCACAAGUACAAUCCUUUCCGUCGUAGGAGCUGCCACACAGAGCAACUAUGCCGCAGCGAAUGCAUAUCUGGACCACCUCGCUCGCCACAGACACCACCGCGGCCUGCAGGCGUGCUCGCUUUCGAUCGGCAUGGUAGUCGGCAUAGGCUACGUGGAAGAACACGAGGCCAGUGAGAUUGCUCUGAGACGGAACGGAAUGUACGGCAUCAACAUGGCAGAAUUCCUUCGCAACUUGGAGCUCGCAUGCCGACGCAAAGACAUGGACCAGGUGAUCGACGAGUUCGAUCGAUGUGCGGUAUCCAACAUCAUCACCGGCAUGGACCCGACUCGAAUCGCUCGCAACAGCAGCAAGACGAUUUGGCAACGUGAUGCCCGGCUGCGACACUUCCUACAAGCUUUGGAUGAUUCCUCCGAGGCCAGUAAAAGCACUGGAGAUGCUAGUCAUGCGAAGGCCGACAUGCCCGAGCCCAACCUGGAGAAAGCUCGUGAACUUGGAUCCGCAGCGCUCCGGGACGAGGUGACGAGACUGGUGGUGGAUCGAAUUGCGCAGUUUGUCAUGGUCAGCGCCAACCAGAUCGACCCAGCACGAACCUUGUCGGCGUACGGCAUGGAUAGUAUGAUUGGUGCUGAGUUGAGAGCUUGGCUGAGAAGGUCUUUCAAGGUGGAUGUUCCUUUCAUGGCGCUGUUGGAUCAGAAUCUCACUUUUGUUGGUCUGGCGGGUGUGGUGACUGCGGCUAUGGCUUCGCAGGAGAAACCUACGUAG